AUGUCUCCAUUCGAGCCAGACAGAUGGAUAGAACAGCUCAUGGAGUGUCAACAUCUCUCCGAGCCCGACAUGAAGACCCUUUGCGAGCGCGUCCGCUCUAUCCUCAUGGAGGAGUCCAAUAUCCAGCCCGUCUCGAGCCCAGUCACUAUCUGCGGCGACAUCCACGGGCAGUUCUGGGACCUGCUAGAGCUGCUGAGGAAGGGUGGGGACGUGCCCCAGACGAGUUACAUCUUCAUGGCACGUAUACGUCGGCGGGGCGUGCAGGGUGAUUUCGUGGACAGGGGUCAUUAUAGCUUGGAGACGGUGUCGUUGUUGUUGGUGCUGAAAGCAAAGUAUCCGGACAAGGUGACGCUGCUGCGAGGGAACCAUGAGAGCAGGCAGAUCACACAAGUCUAUGGUUUCUAUGAUGAGUGUCAGCAGAAGUACGGGAGUGCACUUGUGUGGAAGGCAUGUUGUGGUGUCUUCGACUUCCUGAAUCUCGCCGCAAUCAUCGACGGUGAGACAUUAUGCGUACACGGAGGCUUGUCACCAGAUAUCCGUACGCUGGAUCAAAUACGGGUGCUCUCGCGUGCACAAGAGAUCCCGCAUGAAGGUGCAUUCUGCGACCUGAUGUGGUCAGACCCAGACGAGAUAGACAACUGGGCAAUCAGCCCGCGAGGCGCAGGUUGGCUGUUCGGAGAGAAUGUUACGCGAGAGUUCAACCACGUGAACUCGCUAAAGCUCAUUGCCCGCGCUCAUCAGCUCGUUCAGGAGGGCUACAAGUACAUGUUUGACGAGCAGCUCGUCACGGUGUGGUCAGCGCCGAAUUACUGCUAUCGGUGCGGCAACAUGGCUUCAAUAUUGACGAUCCGAGACGACGGAUCGCGGGAGUUUACGGUGUACGAUGCGGCAGAGGAGAACGAGAGGGACAAAGGGAUGCAGAAGCAGAGGAAAGCGGUGCGUUUUGACAUUAUUUGUAACCUGAGAAUCAUCCCCGCUGUGUCGCGGCUUGAUACUGAUGCUAGGUUGAGCAGGGUGCGAUGUCUGCAUACUUCGUGUAGCUUAUCUUGUCCUAGGUUUGUAUUCAAUCCGCAGUUACUGUGA